AUGACCGACGAGCCCAUCAAAGAGAUCUUGGGAGGUUCCAAAUGUCCUCAGUGUGCAACGCUGGAAAAGUGCAACAACAAUGACUGCAGGGUGACAGCCGUGCCUCUGGUGAGCGAGUGCCGGCUGACAGCCGCCACGGGGGGAGCCGAACUCUCCUGCUACCGCUGCACGAUCCCGUUUGGGGUGGUGAUCCUCAUCGCCGGGGUGGUGGUCACAGCGGUGGCGUACAGCUUCAAUUCCCAUGGAUCCAUCAUCUCCGUGCUUGGGCUGGUCAUACUGUCCUCCGGACUCCUUUUGCUGGCGUUGAGCGCGUUGUGCUGGAAAAUCCGACAGAAGAGCAAGAAGACAAAGAGGCGAGAAAGCCAGACGACUCUAGUGGCAAAUCAGAGGAGCCUGUUUGCUUAG